AUGCGGUCCACGCUCGGCUUGAAGGGGGCCACGGGGGGAAGCUCCUUCAAAGGAUCCGGGUCGAGAAUACCAGCACACAGAGUGGGCUUCAGCGCGCACCUCGAGUUCUACAACGACGGCGACGUGCCUGCCAUCUCGCUCUUCAAAUACCUGAUGCACCUCAUGCUGUCCCUGUCGCCGCUGUGGACGGCGCGACAGGGGGACAUACCGCGGUACACCGGCUCCCCGGACGUGUUCCCCAGGUUCGCGCCCCCGUCCAAACUGGACAUUCCGCGCGUCUCCCCGCCGGCCCUCGCCCACUUCAUCCUCUGGCUCCUGCUGCCGCUGGCCUACCCCCUGGUGGCUCUGGCCAUUCCCAUGCGCGAGGACGCGGGCGGGGGCCCGGCCAGCCACCUGGGCCUGUCGCUGGGCGUCAUGGCCUUCUGGGGACUGGGCAAGAGCUUCUACGCCAUGCUGUGGUUCGAGGCGUAUUUCGGCACGACACUCGAGUACCGUUACGUAACCGUGGCGGCGGCCGCCGUGGUGGCCCCAAUGGCCCACGUGGGCCUGUGCGCCGCCAUGGGCGGGCUCGCGUCCUUCGGGGUCAGUUUAACCGGCGCACUGGUGGACGUUUCGGUCUGCACUGGGGUUUACUUCACGCUGCCCAGGCAGGAGGGCCGGGGCACCAAGGGCCAGCUGGCCAUAUCGAUCUCGCUGCUACUGGCCUUCUCCAUGGCCAUGAACCUGCUCAAGAUGCUGAACACGGCCAACGCGCGUGGGCCCCGGAUGGGGUACAUGCUCAUGCUCAUCCUGCCGCCCAUAUUCACCCGUCUCACGACGGACGUGCAGGAGGCCCUGCCCAACACGUCGCUGGAGUUCUCCGUGGUGUCGCAGGGCCUGCUCACGUACACGUUCUCCCUCUGCACGUACAACAUCCUGGUAUUCUUCUCCCUCGAGAUCAGGCUGUGGAAGUUCUACCUCGUCGUCCUGGCCGCCGACACGGCCUGCAUGUUUGCCGUGGGCCCCAUAUGGUCCCUGUGGAGCAGCGCGGGCUACCUGCGCACCUCCCAGUACAUGCAGACCAUCUUCGGCUGGGCGCAGAACCCGAUCAAGCCGCGGCCCGUGCUGCUGAAGUACUACACCAGGUUCAUGGCCGCGCUGGUGUUCUCGGUCGUGCUGUCCGUCGUCCGGGCGUCCCGAAACCGGGGCGCCGUGGACGCCACGGGGUACGUCGAGCGCGGCACCGAGCUGGGAGACCUGUGGGCCUGCGCGCUGGCCGACGCCUCAAUAAGCGCUACCUGGAUCGUGUUCAUGUACAGGCUCAUGAAGAGGCGGUGCUCCAAGGACGCCUUCAACGACACGGUCAUACAGUUCUCCAAGAACCUAGCAGACAUUCAGGCCGGCGCGACCGUCGCCACCCUCAUGGUGUUUCUCAUCAACUCGCACGGAGAAAACGGCCUUCUGCAGUGA